UCUUCUCUUGUAUCACUAGACAUAAGUUAAACUCUUUAACAAACCACCACCACCACCACCCCAAUCCCACAACAACUCCCUCUUAUUCAUUCUCUUUUUUCUCCUUUAGUUUCCUUGAGAGCAAACCAAGAUGGUGAAGGAGAAAAACAUGCAAACUUCUCUAAUCCUGUGGGCUGCAGUUGCCGCUUUGCUCUCACAGAAUUUGCUCAUUCCUGUCAUGUCUACUGCAACGUUUGAAGAACAAAAAACCGAUCACUCUCCGGACCCAAAUAUCAGAAGUCCAAGAUCUUCGCCAACAUCUCCAUCACAUGGCUCAGGAGGCGGCUCAAGAACACCAUCCUCUCAAGGAGGCAGUGGUCGAACACCGCCUGCUAAUUGUGGUAAUCCUCCAAGUAGAGGGGGGCGUCGUAGUCCCACUCCGCCUCCUCCUUCUGGAGGUCGUGGAGGUGGUUACUAUCCAUCCCCUCCAACUUCUGCUGGAACUCCUCCAAGUACUCCCUCCACACCUACCCCACCAACUACUCCUAUCAUUGGCCCAGGCACGCCAAGCACUCCUGGCGUCUCCGUACCACCACCUCCAUUUGACCCAAAUUCACCACCUUCUAGGGGUGGUUACUAUCCCUCCCCUCCAACUUAUGGUGGAACUCCUCCAAGUAUUCCUACACCUAGCACCCCGUCCACACCAACCAUUGUAACCCCACCAACUACUCCUAUCAUUGGCCCUGGCACUCCGAGCAUUCCUGGGAUAUCCACACCUUCAGCUCCAUUUGACCCCUAUUCACCACCUUCGGGCGGCUACAUCUAUCCCUCCCCUCCAACUUUUGGGGGAAGCCCUCCAAGUUUUCCCACACCUAGUACCCCCGGUUUUCCCACAAUUCUAACCCCACCAACUACUCCAAUCAUCGACCCAGGCAUUCCAAGCACCCCUGGUAUUUACAUACCUCCACCUCUAUUUGAUCCCAACUCACCACCUUUCCCACUUGAUUACUGGAGGACAAACCCGGCUCUAAUAUGGGGUUUGUUUGGCUGGUGGGCAACUGUUGGUAGUGCAUUUGGUGUGGCUGGUGCUCCAGGGUUCGGGGGAAACUUGAACCUGCUGCAAGCACUUUCAAACCCUCGUGCCGAUGGCGUUGGGGAACUCUACAGGGAAGGAACAGCUUCUUUGCUGAACUCCAUGGGGAGCAAGAAUUUCGCUUACAGUACCAAACAAGUUAGGGAUAGUUUUGUUGCAGCACUCAGUUCAGACAAGGCUGCAGCAGCUCAGGCGCGGAUAUUCAAGUUAGCCAACGAGGGUCGACUCAAGCCCAAAACUUGAAACACUAAUAUAUCCAUAGUCACUGUGUAUCUUGCUAUGUCCAGUUUCAUUGUGAUUUCCUGUGAGUUUGCUUUAGGGUUGAAUCUUAAUGUCUCAAGAGGAUGCCAACUUAUAAUCAGGUAUAUGUAAAUUAUUACUCUGAUGUGCUAUGCGUUA